AUGUCAGCACAACCAAAUGGACAAAAUGUUGUGAAUUUAUUCGUGUAUGGAACUUUGAGACCUGAUGACGACUCAAAGGCAGCUUGGACACAUUCAUUCAAUAAUCCAGAUUCCUAUAAAGCAUUGGCAGAGUUUGGAUUUAUAGAGGGAGUUAAAAUGUACUUUUCCGAUUAUCCGGUUGCUGUUUUCACUUCCGAUCCGAAUGAUAGAAUUUACGGAUAUAUUAUUUCAAAAUUGUUAAUUGUUGCUGAUGAAAUUGAGGAAUAUCCAUCGAUGUACGAUAGAACUGCAGUGCAUGCCUAUCCAGUCUGUAAAGAAACCUAUGAUAAGAAAGUAAUGGAAACUAAUUCAGAUGAAUGUGUGCUAAUUGAAAAAUCUUCUCAAAAUCCAAUCACUGCCUAUGUUUAUCAUCGUUCAUUGCAACAUAUUGCAGAGGUGGAUAAGAAUCUCAAUCCACUUGCCAUUCCACAAAACGAUUGGCUUAGAAGAAAUAGACAAUGA